GACUACGUCUUCUGCAUGGCCGCCCUGCUGCUCUUCUGCGUGGGCUCCCUCUUCUACCAGCUCAACGGGGGACCCCCGCACUUUCUGCUGGACCUGCGGCACUAUCUGGGAAAUUCCACUUAUUUGGAUGACCAUGGACCACCCCCUCAAAAGGUACUUCCUUUCCCCAGCCAGGUGGUCUACAACAGAGUUGGAAAGUGUGGGAGUAGAACUGUGGUUUUGCUUUUGAGAAUUUUAUCAGAGAAACAUGGAUUCAACCUGGUAACAUCUGACAUUCAUAACAAAACAAGACUGACCAAAAAUGAACAGAUGGAAUUGAUUAAAAACAUAAGCACUGCUGAGCAGCCCUAUUUAUUCACUAGACAUGUUCAUUUCCUCAACUUCUCAAGGUUUGGAGGAGACCAGCCAGUGUACAUCAAUAUUAUUAGAGAUCCUGUCAAUCGAUUUCUAUCCAAUUAUUUUUUCCGGCGUUUCGGAGACUGGAGAGGAGAACAGAAUCAUAUGAUCCGUACCCCCAGCAUGAGGCAGGAGGAAAGAUAUCUGGACAUUAAUGUGUGUAUCCUUGAAAACUACCCUGAAUGUUCCAAUCCCAGGUUAUUUUAUAUCAUACCCUAUUUCUGUGGACAGCAUCCAAGAUGCAGGGAACCUGGUGAAUGGGCCCUUGAAAGAGCAAAGCUGAACGUUAAUGAAAACUUCCUGCUUGUAGGGAUUCUGGAGGAGUUGGAGGAUGUGCUGCUUUUAUUAGAAAGAUUCUUACCUCAUUAUUUCAAGGAUGUUCUUAGCAUCUACAAAAACCCAGAACAUAGGAAACUUGGCAAUCUGACUGUGACAGUGAAAAAGACCGUCCCCUCUCCAGAAGCAAUACAGAUUCUCUACCAACGUAUGAGAUACGAAUAUGAGUUUUAUUACUAUGUCAAAGAACAGUUCCACCUCCUAAAGCGCAAGUUUGGACUGAAGUCUCAUAUCAGGAAACCACGUCCCAGACCUGAGUUCUUCAUUCCUUCUCCCCUGGAAACAGAGGAACCGAUAGACGAUGAGGAAGAAGAUGACGAAAAGUGGCUAGAGGAUAUCUAUAAAAGUGUAGGUAAAGAAGUGCUGUUAUCCCCAUUUCAUACACUGGGAAUGGAUACAGCCAGUGGUGCUUAGAAGCCCAGGAGAUGAAGCGAUGCCUUUCCAUUCAUCCACUAACACCAGCAUGGAGUGAGAUGACAGGCCCCACUCUGCUCCCCACACUGCUGGCUUGGUGUGGGGCACUGCAGGCCCAACAGCCUCCAGGCAGAGUGCAGGCCACGUGCCUCCCUGCUGACAGCCCUGACACUUGUCCCUUGUCUCGCCCAGCCUUGUUGCUGUGUCUCGGCAGUGGGCUCUGUGGAAGUUUUCCUUGUGUCUUCUGUGAGCACCUUCAGGAUGAGUGAACAAGCACAGAUGUAAUCCCCCUUCCUCUGAAGAGUGCUUUGUGAAGCUGUGCUCUGGCCUAUGGUACUGGGGCAAAGAUGCUGAGGUGAAGCCCAUUCUGGAGGUGUCACCUUGACCUCUGCUCCAGAUCCAGUUUCUGCACUGAGUACUGGAGCCAGCCAUAGCCUGCUUCUGUAGAAAUAACUGAGGCUUAGCCAUGUCAAAUCUGUCCCCUCUGGCUUGGGGCAGGAGGUUGAAAUGUGCUGGCAGGUGAGAGCACCAGGGUGCAAACAGGUCUCGGCAGCACUAGCCCUCAGAUGAGAGCACAGACUGGGUGUCAGCAGCAGCCCUGAAAGCUGGUGUCUGGGGAGAGUGAGAGACCAGAGCCACUUUCUCAGUUGUAGCUUUCUGGUGGGUAUUUCUGCCAAAUCUCCUUUGGACAACUUUCUGUUGGAAAUGUCAGCACUUACUGUGGGAAAAACCUUUCUUCCUGCACUUUUUGGGAUGAAAAACUGGCAAGCAGGGCCCAGCAGCACCUCUAUUUUAGGGAGGCAGGGGCACUGGGGAGGAGCAAGGCAGCACGGGGUCUGCUGCAUGGGGCUGGGCUCCAGGCUGUCCCUCACACAAGGCUGUGCUGAUGGAGGACAGCACGGCUCUUCACAAUGGGGUCUCUUGUCCAGAAACUCCGUUGUGAAAGCUGCCUGAAUUCUCCACAUAGCUGAAGCUUCCCAGCAGGUUUUGCCCCCAAGAGCAUGAUGUGGCCCAUCGGUGCUGGCUGGAAACUGGGUUUUUGAGCGGCUCCACAAUCCCACCCUUGUCAGUCACGCCACUUUGGUCUGUGCAUGGGGCUCUUUGUGAUAAAUCUCACUGGAAUUUGGAAACUGUUCAGCAAAUUUGACCUCUGCUUUGUUUUAUAAAUAUCACAGUGUCAAACAGCAUCAUGCAUGCCUUAUCACUCAAAAACUGGGAGAAGGGGAUGGAAUUAUGAUGUAGUCAGCUCUGAUUUUCCAAAACAGUGCCUUUGAGUCAAAGGAAAAGUUUUGGGCUUCUCAGAGACAGAAGUAAAUGACCUCUCUGCCUGGGGAAAGGGGACUCUUCUGUAACCUGCUCUGACCUCACACGUGCACGUACCAUCAUCACCUCAAAGGAACCUAAGGUGUUUUUGUGCGAUGGCAGCCAGCUCUUGUGAGGAAGAUGGUGUGAGAACUGCCCUAUUUCUCUGUUCUCACCACAGGAAGGGGAACAGAGGUAGCAGCAAAUCCUUGUCCAAGGCCAGCUCUAAUCGAAGCUAAGAACUUCUAACUGCUUUGCAAAACAGACAGAAAAGUAUGAAGUAGAUAGAAAAGCCUACGAGAUAAUCCAGAAAGUCCAGGGGGAGGGUGAACAGGGAAAAUCCAUCUAGCCAGUCAGCGAUUUUUAGGAGAGCUUCAUCCUUUGCUAAGGUGAACAAGGUCAGGCCCUUUCUUCCCUAAAAAAAAAUGCACGUGGUCCUGUGGUGUCCCCUCCCCAGGCUGCGGCGUGAGUAAGUUGCAGUGUUGGUCAUAGCACUGUCCCUGGUGCAGACAAGCACACAGAAGCACGGCUGCCUUGGGAGCCCCACACAGCUGGCAGCCCAGCCGGCUGCUGAAUCGCUGUGUGGCCUGGCCUAAUUGCUUAAAGCUUUCCUCCUCUCCCUUGCUGUGAGAGCUGGAGCAGAGUAUUUAUCUACACUGAAAAACUUUAUGGGAAUUGGUGCAGUUUUGUAGAAUUCCUGAAUGACGUGGAUCACAAUAGCUGUGGCAGAGCCAGGCUUCAUGGGCUCAGAUGUUUGUGAUGGUUGUCUUAUUCUCACACGGCCUGUGAAACCAGGGCCUCUUUGAUUCAAAGAGAGCGGAGAGCUUGUCCCUCUGCUCCCACCCAUGCCAGCAACACUGUACCCAUUGCACCCACUGUGCCCCAAACUUCCAUCCAGCAUGUGAAAGGAGCCAAAAGAUGCCUUUUUAUGUGGAGGGAUCAAUGCAGGCUAAUCUAUGGGAGCCUCGUGCUGAGGACCAGGCUGUAUGCCUUGGUGUCUGGAGUGUUGUCAGCACUUCCGUCCUCCCUCCCCUCUAGUUCAGUGUAGAUGAAACAAGCUCCUAUAUAAAAAAACAAACAAGCAAGCCUUACAAUACCAAAGCAUCCCUUAUUUUUCCAAAAGUUGUUAGCCCAGUGAGUCAAAACAUAUUGCUCCCGUUCCUGUUUGCAUUUCUCGAGAGGAGAACUGACAGAGAAAUGGUGUGGAUGAGCCUUGAAAAAUGCUCUGGGUAUCUGACCUUUGGGGAAGCACUGCAUGGCUUGCUGGGACUCCUGGCUGGAGGGGUUUGUGAUGGAUGCUGUUGUCUGGCUGGAGGCAAAGAAGACCAAGCAGAGGUGCCACCACAACAGGGCACGACAGUCUGGAGAACUCAGGUGGAGCAGGAGCAGGCUGGAAGGCCCCUGUGUAGCACUGUGGUUAGGCAGCCAGCGCAU